AUGUAUGAUGAGUAUGCUCGCUUCCAAGGCCGCCUCGAAAAAUAUGGUGAGCUAAUACCCUUUGUGUACAUCUGCGAGAUUGAUAUACGAAAGCUUUGGUUUGUUCCUGAACUCUGGCCCCGAAUUGGCUCGUGGCCCUCCUACGAGAUGUGUGUUUCAAGGGUUCUUGGUAGACUUGGGCUUUCCGGGUGUAGAUCUGAACGGAGCCUGCUGCCCCCUGGAGCUACACUAUUGCCAAAGUGUGUUCUAAAUGCGGUGGAGGGAAUACUAGGUACCUCUAUAGCGCACUUUGAGAAAAUCGAAGAGUAG